CUCCACAAACUCGCAACCGUUUCCCGCGUUAUCUGCUCGAUCGAUCUCCUCACCUCUCUCUCUUGAUCGAUCGAUUAAUUACACACCCCACUUAUAUUCUUCUCAUCGAUCUCGGCUCUCUUCUUCUCGAUCGAUCGAGCAUUAUUAAUUGCGACACAUGCAUGGAGUUGCAGCUGCCUCUAUAUCUGAUCUGAUUAUCAUCUGUCCCUGUCAGAUUCCGGUUGUUUGGUUGGUCGAUUUCGUGUUUUGAAGAGGUCGUCGUGUUCUUUUUGAUUUUUUUUUUCUUCUUGUUUUUUGUUUUGAUUGAUUGAUCUCCCGGGCUACUGGGUCAAGGAGGAGCAGUGCGUGUUCAGAUCUCUUUGGCGAUAAGGUCUUCGCCGUUGCAUCAGCAUCGCGUUUAAUUCCACUCGGUUUCUUGGUUAAGGUCGUGAUCGAUAUUUUGAUCAUAUUCUGAUUUUUAUUUUGUUUUUGAUUUUUGAUUUUUCGUCUUUGAAAUCGGUCACAUCGGGUCUCCCUAUUCCUCGCAAGUUCUUUGAGAGAGAUUGGUUCUUGGCUGCUUAUAAUUCCAUAUAAAUUACAAGAGUUUUGGUGAGAGCGAACCAUGAAAAUUCUGUAGCGUGGUGCGGCGGCGGUGGGUGUCAUGCCGGCGAGCACCAUGGGCGGCGGCGGCGGAGGAGGUCGAGGAGGAGGUGAUCAUCACUCGCCGACGUCGGGGAAGACGCCGCGGGGGGACUACUCCGCGCUGGCGACGUCGACGCCGACGAAGCAGUCGCCGCGCUGGCCGUCGCCGUCGGCGGCGGCGUCGUCCGUCCUGCCGAGCGGCGCGGCGGCGCUGCUGGAGAGCCGGUGGGCGCUGCCGGCGGCGUUCGGCGUGUUCCUCUUCCUCGCCGUCACGCUGGCGGUCGCCACCUCGUCGCUCUCCGUCGCGGCGUCGCUCCCCGCCUUCUUCCCCGCCGCCAAGCAGCCGCUGCCGCUGCCGCCGCCGUCGCCGCCGCCAGGCGCCGGCGUGGCGAGGCUGGCCUACCUGGUGUCCGGCUCCAAGGGCGACCUCGACCGGCUAUGGCGGACGCUCCACGCGCUCUACCACCCGCGAAACCUCUACGUCGUCCACCUCGACCGGGAGGCCGCCGUGUCGGAGCGGCUCGAGCUGGCGGCGCGCGUGGCGAACAGCUCCAUGUUCCGGCGAGUCGGCAACGUGGAGGUGAUCCGCCGCUCCAACAUGGUGACCUACCGCGGCCCCACCAUGGUCGCCAACACCCUCCACGCCUGCGCCGUCCUCCUCCGACGCAGCCGCGACUGGGACUGGUUCAUCAACCUCUCCGCCUCCGACUACCCUCUCAUGACCCAAGACGAUAUCCUCCACGUGUUGUCCUCGAUCCCGAGGAACACCAACUUCAUCGAGCACACCGGCUAUCUAGGAUGGAAGGAGGGGCAGAGGGCGAGGCCGGUGAUCGUGGACCCGGGGCUGUACAUGGCGCGGAAGCAGGACAUCUUCUACGUGGAGCAGCGGCGGGAGCUGCCGACGGCGUUCAAGCUGUUCACGGGGUCGGCGUGGGUGGCGCUGAGCAGGGAUUUCGCCGAAUACGUGGUGUGGGGGUGGGACAACCUGCCGCGGACGCUGCUCAUGUACUACGCCAACUUCGUCUCCUCGCCGGAGGGCUACUUCCAGACCGUGCUCUGCAACGCGCCGCGGUUCGUGCCCACGGCGGCGAACCACGACCUCCACCACAUCCAGUGGGACACGCCGCCGCGCCAGCACCCGCACCCGCUCGCCCUCGCCGACCGCCCCGCCAUGGAGCGCAGCGGCGCCCCCUUCGCCCGCAAGUUCCCCCGCGACGACCCCGUGCUCGACGCCAUCGACGCCGACCUGCUCGGCGGCCGCGGCCGCGCCAAUGGCAAUGGCACGGCGGGCGCCGAAGGCGACAUGUUCGUCCGGGGCGGGUGGUGCGUCGGCGCCGGCGGCGGGUGCGACGAGGUCGGCGACGACUGGGUGCUCCGGCCGGGCCCCGGCGCCGCGCGGCUGGACAAGCUCAUGGACAGGAUCGUCAGGUCGGAGGCCUUCGUCAACAGCCAGUGCAAGUAGCUAAGCUAGCUUAGCUUAGCUGCGAGAGUGAUCGAGUGAGAUAAAUCACUCACUGGUUAAUCUUAAUCUGCAUCGUGUAAUUCGCUUCUUUUUUCUUCUUUUUUUUUACCCUACUGAUUUACUUGCAGGUUUGUACAAAUUCAUCAAGUUAAAACUUAAAAGCAUAUAUAUGUAUAGAGAUAGAGAGAGAAAGAGAGAGAUAAGUAUAUAGUACUUGCUAGUACUAAUUAACUGUAAUCCAUUUUCAUUAUCCCAUCUCGAAAGGACAAGGUGUUUUCUGUGGUUCUUGCUUACA